AUGUUCGCCUCAUACCAAUCUGCAUUGCCGUUCACGUCAUCACAUAUUUAUAUCGGAAGGGAUUAUGCAAUUUCUGUUCAGUGUCGAGAAUGCUUUGUCUUCUCACCAUUUGAUAUCAUCGAGGUUGAGGAGAUUUUCUAUGUUGCUUCCAAAUCAGAUCGAUUUCAUAAUGAACAAGGUGAUACGCAUCCACUUGAAGAAGUUAAGGAACCGGAAGACGAGCAAGAUGAGGAAAACGAGGAAGAUGAAGACGGAGAAUAUGUGCAAUCGACGGCUGAGGCUCCAGGCAGGUUUCUUCCAUACUAUCGGCUCCCAAUGCCGGUAGAACUGUACAAUCCGCACGAGGAAGAGGAACUAAUGGCGGAGGACGUGCUGUAUGAACAACCAACGUGGUUUGGACCAUACUUUGAAAACUAUUCCACCGAUCCUCCCGAGACCCAAUCGGAUCAAAAACCCAGGUUUAGUGAAGACGAUUCCACAUACUAA